AUGAAAGACUUUCUCGAGCCACAGACGAGAAAUUGGUAUUCUCAGCGCCGUCUUCCCUAUCGACGUGGAUAUCUCUUGCACGGACCACCUGGAACAGGGAAAUCUAGCUUUAGUCUCUCAAUUGCCGGCGAGCUGGGCAUGGACAUAUAUGCCGUUAGCAUCCCCAGUGUAGACGAUCAAUCGCUUAAGACCCUGUUUGAACAGCUCCCAGACAAUUGUGUGGUUUUACUAGAAGACAUCGAUGCUGUUUGUUCGGUUUAUUCUCGGGAGCUUGGAGCAGAUGGCCCCAACAGUGAUUCCAAAUCGCAUGCAGAAAAGAAUGGAGUAACUCUUUCCGGGCUUUUGAACGUACUAGACGGCGUUGCCGCACAGGAAGAGAGAGUUGUCAUCAUGACCACGAAUCAUAUCAAGAAGCUAGACCCAGCGCUUAUCCGACCUGGCCGGGUUGAUAAGAAGAUCGAAUUUCAGCUUGCUGACAGGGAUGUCGCGACGCAACUCCAUCGUUUUAUCUUUGAUCAGCCGAUAGCGCCGUCUUCUGAGAGCACACCUCAAGCAAAAGUCGACCCUUCAUCUGAAAGGCAGGCCAUUGAGUUCGCUCGUACAGUGCCGGAAGGGGAGUUCAGCCCUGCUCAGAUAAUGUCAUAUCUUCUGCAGCACCGACAUGCGCCAGGUGUUGCGUUAGACAAUGUUCAGAGUUGGAUAGAAGCUAUGCGUGAAGAAACCAAAAAGGCGAAAGCAAGUACAACCACAACUACGUUUUGA